ACGCCGGAAGCCCGGUGGGCGUGCCGGAGACGUGUCUUACUGGGAGCCUUGGAGCCGCUUCGCCGGUGUCCGGACCUGGUAGGCUGUGUCCGGUCCUCCUGUGCUUCGUGGGCCCAGCGAGGCAGGGUGGGGAGGCGGCGACGACGGCGACGGCGGCGGUCCGGCCUGGGAUCGGAGGCCACCGGGAGCCCAGCUAUGGCCGACUCGGUGGAGCGGCUGCGACAGCGGGUUGAGGAGCUGGAGCAGGAACUCGCCCGGGAGAGAACCCGGCGCUCUGGAGGGGACGGCCACUGCGGCCGGACCCGCAUCCAGGAGAUGAGCGACGAGGUGUUGGACUCCAAUCCCUACAGCCGUCUGAUGGCAUUGAAACGGAUGGGAAUUGUCAGUGACUAUAAGAAAAUCCGUACCUAUGCUGUAGCAAUAGUAGGUGUUGGUGGAGUUGGUAGUGUGACUGCUGAAAUGCUGACAAGAUGUGGCAUUGGUAAGCUGCUGCUCUUUGACUAUGACAAGGUGGAGCUGGCCAACAUGAAUCGGCUUUUCUUCCAGCCGUAUCAAGCAGGACUGAGUAAGGUCCACGCAGCAGAGCACACCCUGAGGAACAUUAACCCUGAUGUUCUGUUUGAAGUUCACAACUACAAUAUCACCACAGUGGAACACUUUGAACAUUUCAUGAAUAGAAUAAGUAAUGGUGGAUUAGAAGAAGGACAACCUGUUGACCUAGUUCUUAGCUGUGUGGACAACUUUGAAGCUCGAAUGGCAAUAAAUACAGCUUGUAAUGAACUUGGUCAGACAUGGAUGGAAUCUGGGGUCAGUGAAAAUGCAGUUUCCGGGCACAUCCAGCUGAUGAUCCCUGGAGAGUCGGCUUGCUUCGCGUGUGCGCCACCACUUGUAGUUGCUUCAAAUAUUGAUGAAAAAACCCUGAAACGAGAAGGCGUCUGCGCAGCCAGUCUCCCCACCACCAUGGGGGUGGUGGCCGGGCUCUUGGUACAAAAUGUACUAAAGUUUCUGUUAAAAUUUGGCACUGUCAGUUUUUACCUUGGAUACAAUGCAAUGCAGGAUUUUUUCCCUACCAUGUUCAUGAAGCCAAACCCUCAGUGUGAUGACAAAAACUGUAGAAAGCAACAAGAAGAAUACAAGAAGAGGGCAGCAGCGCUGCCCACGCAGGAGGCCGAGCCCCAGGAGGAGGCAGAGGUGGUUCAUGAGGACAACGAGUGGGGCAUCGAACUGGUGUCUGAGGUGUCAGAAGAGGAACUGAAGAGCUCUUCAGGUCCUGUCCCCACCUUACCUGAAGGCAUUACAGUGGCAUACACAGUCCCAAAGAAGACAGAGGAUUCUGCUUCUGAAGUAACAGUGGAAGAUUCCGGUGAAAGCUUGGAAGAUCUUAUGGCCAGGAUGAAGAAUAUGUAGACAGUGGCUGGCUUCUGUCUUAUUUUCUCUGCUUAUGCUAGUCCCUUGGAAUUAAACAAUCGGAACUAAUAAAACUUAGCGCCGCCUUAGUUGGCAUGUGUAUCUUCACUGAGUUGUUAUGCUGUAUGGAACUCUAGUGGUUUCCUCCUGCUUCCUUAUACAACCUAGUCAGUACCACAGCGACAGAAAGGAAAGGAGGCCCUGGACGAUAAGUAGCACAAAUGGAGGCUGGACUGUGUGGCCUGGAGGCUGUGGCUGACAGUGUCUGAGUGAAUGGCUUCCUACUGGACAGUCGCUCACUACUACUCUGACCAGGAGUGACUGUAACAGCCGAUAGAAUAAAACAUCCCUCGGAUAAUUCUGGAGGAAAUCGAAGCAGAAGGUCUUCAUGGGUAGUGUAUAAACCCAUGGAUUGAAUAUUUAAGAUGAACCAUAGAUAAAAGCAAGCUAUGUUCAUGGCAGACAGAAUUACGUUCAGGAAACAUUGGUUAUCCUCAGAUUUUCAUCGAUCAAGGAAAAGGCAUCACUCUCUGUAGCAGAAGUGUCUUCACCAUGUUACUGAAGAGCAGGCACCGUCCAUACUUUGUGCUUCAUAGAGUGUUCCUCAAUACUUGAUUCCAUAAAUACUGACAUGCUAGCAAGGCUUGUCCGAGUGGCGAGCAGAACAACUCAAACUGCCUCUGCAGAGGUGCGCAGGUGUUUAUUCCCUGCAAGGGCUCCAUUUCCCAAGUGUGACCACUUCAAUUGUAAACCGAGGCCUGAUGUAAACUCUUGGUGGUUUAACCUUGAAGAUAUGAAAUGUAUCAUUAUGAAUGUCUAAAUUCUAUGUAUUGAGAAAUGUUAGUAGCAAAAGUUAAAAGUGCCAUUCCCACUUGUAAAAUAAAGUUGUAAAGAUUCAAUGCACUUGCUUUGA